UUUUCCUGAGGCAAAUGUAAAUCUGCAAUGGAAAUGCUUUCUAAAGCCUGGGUUGUUUGCUGAAAUGGUGUGAGCACAAGUAGAUUGCCGGUGGCAUUUCCUCUCUGACUUUCAUCCCCAGAUGAAAUCUUUGGUCACCAAUAGAUUCUGUUAAGGUAAAUUGCUUUAUUUCUAUUUCAGUGUGUGUCUGUUAGCAGCAUGGAGGAUCUAAAGUCCCAUCAUACGAGUGUUUUGCAGAGAAAGGGAGCAGUUUUGCUAUUUAUAUGCAUGGCUUUUCUUACAGAAAGUGUACAGUUGUCUGUUUGAGUUAGGUUUUCAACAUGAUCGUUGAGGUGAUGAAGAGCCAAACCAGGAGAACAAACUUGCUGCAUCCCACAGGAGAAACUGGAGGCUUGGUCGCUGCUUGUCGGUAUUGUGCACGAAUUCUGUACUGAGGUUUUGGGUGGGGCUGUACACAGAGAAAGGCAAUGGCUCAACCAUGUCCCGUGCCCUCUCUUCACCAAAACUAAGGGAAAUGUUAGUUGUUAAUGACUGAUGCCUUCCUUCUCCUUUUUGGCUUUAAAAACUUCAAGGCCAGAAUAGCUUUACCCAUAUAAAGUUGCUCCAAAACACAGGGUAACUUUUGGAACUGAUGUGUAUUUUGCUUUUGUGGAGUGGGGAGAAAAGUUACUCAUGGCUCAAAUAUUGCUGGUUUUCAAGUUUUGCAUUUUACAGCUCUAAUAUCAGGCAGUGUUUCUGAGAGUCCACGUGUUUCAACAUCCUCCCCUGCCUUCCAUUUGGAACUGAGAAGUUUUAAUUUGUACGUUAGCCAGGAAAAGGUUUGCAUGGCAGAAUUGUAGCAACAUCAGAACACUACAGUAAGUGACUGAGUGCUAGGAAAGAACCAUACUUUUAGUUGGUACACUUACAUCAUUAAUAGGAUAAAACGUGAAUGCUCUUUUAAAAAGUCAGAAUCCAGUAACAGAAUUAAGCUGCUUCAGUUGGAAUCUAGAAAACCCUUCCAUGUGAUCAACUCCAUUACUUGGAAAAAGAGCAGAAGGUCAAGCCGUUAAUUUGUAAAUGCUUGUUAAUAGUUUUUACAACCUCACCCAUAAUGUAGAUGCUUUAGAGCUGAUGAAAACUAGCAGCAAAAGGGCUGAAAAAUACUCAGUUAUCUUUCCAUUGCCAGCACUGUAGAACUCAAUCACAGUACAAAGUCUGUAAAUAUAACUGGAAGGAUUUCUUGGUUUGUGCGUGCAGAACUUCUGCUGUUCUGUGGUUCAGCAAAAGGCUGGUCUGAAAUCACCAUUUCCUGGUGACUGUCUGCCUUGGGAAACUGUGAUGUGGAGAGAGUUAAGCUGUGGAGGUGGAAACACGUGUUGCUGCAGAGGAACACCAUGGGCCCAGUGCUGUCCUGCGGGGAGGGCUGGGGAGCAGCCAGACCCAUCACACCUGCCUAGGGUUUGGGCCACCAUCAGCAACAUGAGGCAUCAGAUGGACUUGCUGGCAACGAUCACAGUUUUGGGAGUCCUGUAGCAAACCUAUUUCGCACUGCAGGUGAUCCAUGCCCGGUGGCAGUACAGGAUCUCCCCUCCCAGGACAACAGGUCACCCUGAAUUUGAGCUGGUCUUCAGAGCUCAGGUGAAUUGCUCAGAGUACUUCCCAAUCUUCACCUGGCUCCUCUGGGUUGCUGGACUCUUCUUCCAUCAAGCUGUGGCUGCGGCGUGCGGGCUGCUCUGCCUCUACACCCACCUCAGGUACUUCCAGGGAUACGCUGCGGCUGCGCAGGGACGGUUGGACCCAUUGUAUGCCAGUGCCUGAGUGCUGUGGCUGCUGCUGGGGCUGGCGGUGCCCAGGCUCCUGGCACACUUCCUGCUCCCCUGCUGCUCCCCAUGGAUGGCAGUGCUGGUGUGGCCCCUCCAGCACCUCGGUGCCUGGUGAGAGGGGCCAUGGCUCUCCCAAACCCCCCCCUUGGUUCUUACCUUUGAAGGGAGGUGGAUGCUGGCACUGCUCUGCGUGUGGAGCUCCACUCUUCAGAGAGAAUAGCCCAUCUAGAAAGCAAAGGAUGUCCAGCUUCUGCUCCUGAUGAUGAGCUUCACUGCCAGGUUUUGUAGCACUGUGCUGUCUAACCUCCAAUACCUUUGGCUGUGCCCCACAGAGCAUGGGUUAACCUGUAACCUCACUCACUGUUGUCACUCCUCCUUACUGCUGUACUGAUGGAUGGUGAAGGAUCACACCACGGAUAUGCAGAAAAAUAAGUCCCUUUUCUCAGUAGAAAUCCCCUGUGAUUUCCAAAGGCGGCUGGGGACUGAGCAGUGCUUUGGGAGUAUCAGCUAUUGAUGAGUGCUGAGGAAUAGCUUUAUUUAAAGUUUAGGGGCUACAUCUGGUCCCUGGUCCCCAGGGAUACCUACCAGGCCCCUGGAGGACAGAGCCAGAGCAGGGCAGGUGCCUCGCUGCCACAAGUGACUGUCACUGCCGCACCAAAGCUUUAAACUUAGCUUUUAUUACAGUGCACAUUAUUUUAUAUAUUUAUAUAGAGAUGUACUUGAAAAAUCAAAUGUAUCCAAUAAUAAAAAAUACAGCACAUGAAAGUAGUAUAAUGCAUUCCAGUGUAUAGCUGAAGAGACAGCGGGAUUUACACUAAUCCCUACUAGUUUUGAACUGGGCUACCUCUGCUUUAUUUUCUCCCCCCCCC